GAUUUGAUGAUCACCUUGGAGGAUGAACGCCUACAUGUAAAGAAGAUAAAAAGUGCUCUUCCUCGCUGCCUGAGAACAAAGUCAUUUUUUCUUUCCUCGAAGUAGACCUAUGCACACCACCUUACCAUGCUACCUCUAUCUAUCAUCUUUACCUACUGAGUUUCCCGCUGGAAUAGCGUACACUACAUAUGACAGUCGGAUAGUACAUUUCAUCAUGAGCACAUAUUACAGCGGCGGUGCUGGCAACACCGGUAGCGGCAAUGGCUCAAAAGGCGCGGCGGUCGGCCCCACAUCGGGAGCCGGGGAUCUACCCGCACCGGCCCAAGCUCCGAAAAGAAGAGAGUACGGCUCCAUGAUGAACAGAUACAUCCACGACACUACCACCCAAGUAUCGGAUCGGGUUUCGGGGCAUCAGGACCCGAUCAGCAACGACCGUCAUAGGCUGGAGGUAUUGCAGAGAGUGGAAAGACGGAGAUGUGAGGCUGAGAGGUUGGCGAGGAUUGCGAGAGGGAAUUGAAAAGUGGUGAAGAAGGCACACAAUUACUGUGUGCAUCUUUGCACAAUUUACG